UCGUUUAUUUUCUUUAUGUCACAUUGUAGGCCUCCAUCAAGUUUACCAAUGAGCCACCCCAGGGAAUCAAGGCUGGCUUGAAGAGAACAUAUGCUGGAAUCAGUCAGGACUAUCUGGAUGUCUGCUCCAUGCCACAGUGGAAACCUAUACUCUUCGGAGUCUCCUUCCUACAUACUGUUGUACAGGAAAGAAGAAAGUUUGGACCCCUUGGUUGGAACAUUCCCUAUGAAUUCAAUUCGUCCGAUUGGCAGGCUAGCGUGCAGUUUUGCCAAAACCAUCUUGAUGAUAUGGACAUGAAAAAGGGAGUGUCCUGGGUGACAGUUCGCUAUAUGCUUGGAGAGGUACAGUAUGGAGGCAGAGUCACUGAUGACUAUGACAAGAGGCUUCUCAACACAUUUGCCAGGGUGUGGUUUGGAGACUUCAUGUUUGCAGACAGCUUUCAGUUCUACACUGGCUACAAGAUCCCCAAGGUUAAGACGUAUGACAUGUUUAUGCAGCACAUAGAGCUUCUACCACUGGUCGACUCACCGGAGGCUUUUGGACUCCACCCAAAUGCUGACAUCACGUACCAGACCAACAUGGCAGCCAACAUUUUGGACACCACUAUGAGUAUCCAACCCAAAGAAGGAGGAGCUGGAGCUGGUGAGAGCAGGGAAACGGUUGUGUUCCGUAUGGCUGAGGACAUGCUCGAUAAACUUCCGGCAGAUUACAUUCCUCAUGAGGUAAAGGACAGGUUAAGGAAGAUGGGCCAUCUUCAUCCCGUUAACAUCUUCCUGAAGCAGGAGAUUGAUCGUAUGCAGAGAGUGAUCAAUAUUGUCCGCAUAACCCUCAGUGAUCUUAAACUGGCCAUAGAGGGAACCAUCAUCAUGUCAGAGAACCUGCGUGAUGCCCUGGACAACAUGUUUGAUGCCAAGGUUCCAAACCUGUGGCGUAAAAUCUCCUGGCAGUCUUCCACUCUGGGAUUCUGGUACACUGAACUGCUUGAGAGGAAUGAACAGUUUAAUCGCUGGAUAUUCCAGGGGAGGCCUGAUGUAUUCUGGAUGACUGGGCUAUUCAACCCACAAGGUUUCCUAACAGCUAUGCGACAGGAGGUAACUCGAGCUCAUAAAGGCUGGGCGCUGGACUCUGUCACCUUACACAAUGAUGUUCUCAAAGCAAGCAAGGAGGACAUCACAAGUCCACCAGCGGAGGGCGUGUACAUCUUCGGCCUGUACCUUGAUGGAGCCUCCUGGGAUAGGCGUAACUGUCGCCUUGCAGAGUCUCACCCCAAGGUGUUGUUCACGCUGCUCCCUGUGGUUCACAUGUAUGCCAUCAACUCAACAGCGCCCAAAGACCCCAGGCUCUAUCAGUGCCCCAUUUACAAGAAGCCCCAAAGGACCGAUCUCACCUAUAUAUCGUUCAUUGUUCUGAAAACCACACAAAGUCCUGAUCACUGGACACUUCGAGGUGUAGGAGCCUUGUGUGACAUCAAGUAACUUAUUGACAUUUUUUGAAGCAAACUAGGCUUCUAUUUAUUAAUGCAGUUUUGUUUUAAUUUAUUUGUUCUUUCUCAUUUAUAAUGUUAAGAAUUACUGAAAUAAACUACUUAGAUUUA